AUGUUUCAUGUCGACAAAUCGAGGGUCACCGGUGUGGAGGGUGUGACUCUACAGCGGACAGACCAACGGACUCGGCUCUGGUGGCAUUACCCUGGCUUGAGGUCGCUGAACCUGAUACUGCUCGGCUGCAUCGUCUGCGAUGUGACCAACGGCUACGACGGCUCUAUGCUAAAUGGCCUUCAAAUCAUCGACCGAUGGGAAGAAGCGCUGGGGCACCCGACAGGCAUAAGGCUUGGCACUAUCACCAGCGGUACUCGCUACGGGCAGUUGGGUGCGCUUCUUGUUGCGGCACCUCUGAUACAACGCCUCGGUCGUCGGAUGCCCAUAAUCAUCGGUUCAUGCCUGCUGCUAGUUGGUGCAGCUCUACAGGCCGCGUCGGUUGGAUACAAUAUGUUCGUCGUGUCGCGGGUCCUGAUUGGCUUCGCAAACACGAUCCAGAACAUGGCAUGUCCCAUCCUGGCCGCCGAGCUUGCGCACCCUUUCCAACGCACUCAAAUCAUUGGCAUCCAGAACACGACCGGAUCGCUGGGCCAGAUCAUGGCGGCCUGGAUUACCUACGGGACUUCUUUCAUGGUAUCCUCAUGGUCGUGGCGCCUGCCAUCCCUGCUGCAGGCGGUCUCAUCCAUCUUUCAACUCGUGAUGAUGCUGUUCACGCCAGAAAGUCCGCGUUGGCUCGUUAGCAGGGGUCGACGUGACGAGGCAUACCGCAUUCUCGCCAAAUAUCACGCCGAGGGAGAUGAGUCGUCGCAGCUGUUGCAGUUAGAGAUGGCAGAGAUCGAAGCAGCCAUCGAAGCAGAGCUCCUGCAGGGGCGCACAUCCUGGCUGAAAUGGUUCCGCACGUCGGCAAACCGUUAUCGGCUCUUUAUUAUUGUGACAUCGGGAUUCAUCAUUCAGUGGUGCGGCAAUGCGCUGAUCACGUACUACAUCCAUCUUGUCUUCCAGUCCAUUGGCAUUACUAGCUCAAAGAAACAGCUGCUUCUCAACGGCGGCAUCACAAUCAGCGGCUUUGUAUGGGGCAAUGUGUGGUCGCUGCAUGUGGACAAAUUCGGACGACGGCCGAUGUUCCUGAUUGGCAUGUCGGGUAUGUUCGUCGCAUUUUUGAUGAUCACCGUCUUUACGGGCGUCAACGCGGGCAUCGACUAUAGCAACGCGAAUCUGGGAAAAGCCACGAUUUUCGCCAUCUUUCUUUUUGGAUUUUUCUACAAGAUGCCCGGAUGCAUGGUGCCGUCGUAUGUCGCCGAGAUCGCACCAUUCGAUCUCCGCGCCAAGGCGUUUGUUCUCAAUGGCUUUGGCGAUGCGGCCGCUAACAUCUUUAGCGGAUACACAAACCCUGUCGGUCUCAAAGCCAUUGGUUGGAGAUACUACAUCGUGUGGUGCUGUGUCCUAGUCAGCAACUUCACUUUGAUCUAUUUCUUCUAUCCGGAGACCAAGAAUCUCAGUCUAGAGGAGGUUGGACAGCUCCUCGACGGGUCCGCAGGCGCCAAGGAGGAAAGGCUGGCGAAGGAUGAGGCCGAGGAUGGGGAAUGCGUCGUUCAUAUUCCAGUGAAGACUGUCUAG